AUGGAAUCUCAGGACGGAAUCACCGUCCGCCCUAUGAGGCUGAAGGUUCUCUACACAUUCGACAACGACAAUAAAACCAACUGUCUUGCUCGGUGGCCUCACGUGCUCGAUAUCCAGACUGCCUAUUUGGAAGAACAAACCCAAAUCGGAGUUAUUGAGUUGAAAACAUGCAUUCAGGCAAUUGUAUCCGCCAGUCCCGAGUUGGUGGCUCAGCUGGGCAAGGACUACACCGUUUACGCUUAUGAUUACUCGGAAUACGAAACCCCCCCCUAG